UAAACACCUGCUCGUACAGAUCACCCUCGGCCGAGUUGACGGCAACUGAGUUUCAUACAGCAAACAUUUGGGAUAGUCAUCGAUUCAAGACCCGUGGACCUAAAAUGACAGACUCGAAAGGCAAGAGAAAGGAAUAUCUAAGUGUGAAGGAUCUGCAGAAGCUUUUGGACUCGUGCAAACUACAUCUCAGACAAGUUGAUGAGGUCUGGCCAAACAUUUACAUAGGGAACGUGGCAGUAGCCCAAAACAAGACUACCUUGCUGAAAUUAGGUAUAACUCAUGUAUUAAACGCUGCUCACUCCAAGCGAGGCAGCAUAGGGAACCAAAGCUUUUAUGGCAACGGCUUUGUGUAUUGUGGCAUUCCAGCAGAUGACUCGACACACUUUGACCUGGAUGUUUACUUCCAGACUGCAGCUGAUUUCAUUCAUAAAGCUUUGAAGUCACCUGAUGGGAAAGUUCUGGUGCACUGCAUCAUGGGAAUGAGCCGGUCAUCGACCCUGGUGUUAGCCUACCUCAUGAUCCACCGCCAUCUCCCGCUCAAACUGGCUUUGCAGAAAUUGAUCCAGAAGAGAGCGAUCUACCCCAACAGGAAUUUCCUGGCUUUGCUGUUGGAUCUGGACCUGCAGCUGAAGAGAAAAAAGGAAACGUGUCAGAUCCUGUAAUCCGAAGGAAGUUUACACUUUUUCAGCCACCAAGAACGCGUGGUGUGUGAAGACGGUCCGUUGGUCCAACAGUCCAGACCGAAAAUACACCAAUGCACUGUCAUGACAUUUGGUUCAACUUAUGACUGAGUUUCGGGAACGGGAAAGCCGCACGCACGUUUUUUUAUAGUUAAUUGCUACGUUAGUGCAAAUUAAAGAAUUCAUAUUUCAGCACAUAUCGUCAAGAUAUUUGGAAUGUUACACAAACAUGUUAGCAUGCCAACAUACAAAACAUCCUGCUUAAUAUUAGCAAAUAAAAAUAGUGGUGUUAUGAUAAUGGAAGAAUUUGUAAUUGUAAAAGUAAUACAUUUAUUUCAACAAUAGGAAUUUCAUAAAUAUUUAUGUCUUUUCAGUUACAUCUUUCUGUUUUUCUGCAGCACCUCAUUAAUUACAGCAGAAUGGACCAAAUGUCUUACGGGAAAUGCUUUUACAAAACAUAAUUUUCUUUUCUUAGAAAAGAUAAAACAUGUUUCUGCAUGACAACAUUCAAACUUAAAACGUGAGCUAAUCCUCAUCAUCAGUCUUCAGCAAGAUCACUGUUCAAUUCCUUUGGGCUGUUCAUCAAGCUAGUUGAGCUGAUCAUUACUGAACAUCCAAAGGUUUCAGAUAUUUAGUCUGUCAGUAGAAUCAUCUUCAGAGUUUCACAGCAAUGCAAUGCUUUAUGGAUGUAAUUAUAAUUAUAUCUCAGCCUCACUUUAUCACACAAUUCUAUGCCAUGAUUGGUUGUCCUGAAGCCAAAGUUCAAUUGAAUUAUAUGUUAUUUGUAUUUGUUACAUUUCCUUUCGUUACAAGAAAAAAAACCUGUAGGAAUUCCGGCAAAUGAACUAAUGAAAAGAAAUGCUGCAUUGUUUUAACAUAUGUUCCCCUUUCUUGUGUAUUUGUUUGACAUCCUAUGUGUGUUUUAGUGUUUGAGUAUUUCUAUAGUGCAGUUGUGUCAGCGUUUCUGUUUUAUUUAUUAUGUGAUCGACAUAUAAAGUAAAAGAGAAAGUCCUGACUUGGCCAAAUAUCCAGUUGUUGAUUUAAACACACUUCAAUGUGGAGGAGAAUCUCAGUAGACACUUUAAACUCAGCAGCGCUGAUAUAUUUCUCUUGCGAGUGAAAAAGCCUCCUGUGCUGGUAGCUCGGGUAACCCUUAAGGAAUGCAGAAGAUGAUGCCAGAAUUAUUUUAGGCUGAGAUUCAGAUGUUAAAAUAGCAAAAAAGGUUGCAGGGUAGAUUGCCACGGAGAACGUAGACGGUUGUGCUGUCGACCUACAUGUAGCUCUUUUGCAGAGAGACCUUGAAAAACAACGUUCCCAGCCAAGGCAAGUGCUAACUAUUGUUUUUGUGUUAGAAAUGUUUAUUUUAUUUUCUUUACACUGUACAGUGUGUGGAUUUACAGUACUGUACACCUCUGUUUUGCAUACAGUCAACGUAUUCAUGAAGCGCUUCAUACAAAUAAACGAGGAUGUUCUGUGAUGAC